GCCUCCUCCGCCUUCUCCUCCUCGUCGUCUUCCGCUUCCGUUCCUCCUCCGCCGAGGCCCAGCCCAGCCCAGCCCAGCCGCCCGCCGCGCCGGCCGGAGGAGGCGGAGAAGGAGGGGGAGAUGCGAUGGCCACGUCCGCCCUGCAGAAGGCCAUUGAUCUGGUGACGAAAGCCACCGAGGAAGACAAAGCCAAGAACUACGAAGAGGCCCUGAGACUCUACCAGCAUGCGGUGGAGUACUUCUUGCAUGCCAUCAAGUACGAUGCCCACAGUGACAAGGCCAAGGAGAGCAUCCGGGCCAAGUGCGCCCAGUACCUGGACCGGGCCGAGAAGCUGAAGGACUAUCUGCGGAACAAGGACAAGCAGAGCAAGAAGCCCGUCAAAGAAGCCCCGAAUGACAGCAAGGGGAGUGACAGCGACAGUGAGGGCGACAAUCCUGAGAAGAAGAAGCUGCAAGAGCAACUGAUGGGGGCCGUUGUGAUGGAGAAGCCCAACGUGCGGUGGAACGACGUGGCUGGGCUGGAGGGGGCCAAGGAAGCCCUCAAAGAGGCCGUCAUCCUGCCCAUCAAGUUCCCUCACUUGUUCACAGGGAAGCGCACCCCAUGGCGAGGGAUCCUCCUCUUCGGCCCGCCAGGCACAGGGAAGUCCUACCUGGCCAAGGCCGUCGCCACGGAGGCCAGCAACUCCACCUUCUUCUCCAUCUCCUCUUCAGACCUGGUGUCAAAGUGGCUGGGGGAGAGCGAAAAGCUGGUGAAGAACCUCUUUGAGCUGGCCAGGCAGCACAAGCCGUCCAUCAUCUUCAUCGACGAGGUGGACUCCUUGUGUGGCUCCCGGAAUGAGAACGAGAGCGAGGCAGCCCGCAGGAUCAAGACCGAGUUCCUGGUGCAGAUGCAAGGUGUCGGGAAUAACAACGACGGCACGCUGGUCUUGGGCGCCACAAACAUCCCCUGGGUGCUGGACGCUGCCAUUCGGCGGAGGUUUGAGAAGCGCAUCUACAUCCCGCUGCCGGAGGAGCCAGCCCGGGCCCAGAUGUUUAAGCUGCACUUGGGCAACACGCCACACAGCCUGACGGAAGCCGACAUCCACGAACUGGCCCGCAAGACGGACGGCUACUCGGGGGCUGACAUCAGCAUCAUCGUGCGCGACGCGCUCAUGCAACCGGUCCGCAAGGUGCAGUCGGCUACGCACUUCAAGAAGGUUCAUGGACCAUCCCGCACCAUCCCCGGCAUGAUUGUAGAUGACCUGCUGACCCCGUGUUCCCCAGGAGAUCCUGGCGCUAUUGAAAUGACGUGGAUGGAGGUGCCUGGGGACAAGCUUCUGGAGCCUGUGGUCUGCAUGUCGGACAUGCUGCGCUCACUGGCCACCACCCGCCCCACCGUGAACGCAGAUGAUCUCCUGAAGGUGAGAAAGUUCACAGAAGACUUUGGCCAAGAAGGUUAACACUACGCCCCCAGGGAGCGGCAGCCCCACACUUUGGCAUGCAAGACAUGUCCCUGUGAAACCCAUUGUGCCGACAGCGGACUGUGGCAAGCAGAGGUGAGAGUCCUGUUUAGUCCUCCGUUUAGGUGGGGAGUAAAGAGGAGGAGGCGGCGGCAGCGGCGGCAGCAACACCAGCACCACGGCCACCCUGGGAGUUGGACGCAGAGGUCAAGGCCCAGCCGGACUGCCCCUCUGGACACACCCCUGCCUUCUGUGUUGCUCUUUAAUCUUUUAAUUAAUGCUGCUUGGUUUUCUUUAUAUACAAAUAAAAACAAUCUGCAACCUC